AUGAGAGGAAUAUUCUCCAAUCCCUACAGAGGCUAUCGAACAACAUCCACAGCAGCAUUACAGGUUUUAGCAGGAAUUCCACCGACCGACCUCCUAGCUAAGAGAGAAGCCACACUCUGCCAUAUCCUACGACUUCGCCAAAACUCUGCUUUAUGGGAACAAUUUUACUAUGCUGAUCAAUAUGAAACUAAGCUCUCAUCUCCUCUCUGUCACCCAGCGGCUUUUGACCUUUCACGACAAAUAAAUUUGCAACAUAUCUUAUCCACUUCUGCAUUUGAAAUUUAUACUGACGGAUCCAAAAUGUCCAUGGGAACAGGGAGCGGAUUGUGCAUUAUGCAAGGCUCCACCAUCCUGAGAGAGUGGCGUCGACGCCUGGGUCUGCAUAAUUCAAUUUAUCAGGCAGAACUUAUGGCAAUAAAAAAGGCAAUAGCACUUUCCUAUAUGUUCUCCACUCAAACUACAAUUUACUGUGACUCUAUGUCCAGCCUUAUGGCUAUAUCCAAUCCGGACAUUCGCUACCCUUUGGUCCGUUCGAUUCAAAUUUCACUUCUACACCUUCCACCUGAAUUACGUCCAAUUCUUUCAUGGAUCCCAGCUCAUAAGGGACAUGUCGGGAAUGAGCGGGCUGACACAACGAGAUAA